UACCCAAAAAACCCAAACACCGAGCUCAGCUUCUGCUGCUAGUAGUUAAAGAACCGAAGUGAUGGAAGCGACGAAGGCCCCACGACACUGAAAUUGGUUUUGUCAGUCUUGUUUUUGCGAAGGUGUCGUCGACAUUUAACCGUCUGUUGCUACGUCGUUGUCUCAUCUCUUGUGACGGACUUUUUAAAACAAACUGACAUAAAGGUUUGCUGUCAUUGUCAACUAACGUCGGCUAGCCUAGCCUAGCUUAGCUUAGCGUAGCUGCCGAAUCCCCUCCGUGUCACAGGGCGUGAUUUAAGUUGAGUGAAGAGGUUGGGUUGAUGUGCUUGGCAUCAAGACAAGAGGCACCAUGAGUGCAGAGCUGGAUGCCCUGACUGUGGUGAACCAGCUGCGCGAUCUUGCAGCAGACCCCCUCAACCGGAGAGCGAUAGUAGAAGACCAAGGCUGUCUGCCAGGUCUCAUCCUGUUCUUGGACCAUCCCAACCCACAGGUCGUGUACUCUGCGUUACUGGCCGUGCGCUACCUGGCAGAAUGUCGAGCCAACAGAGAGAAGAUGAAGGACGAACUGGGCAUGAUGCUGAGUUUGCAGAAUGUCAUGCAGAAGAGUACAUCACCCGGCGAGACCAAACUUCUGGCCUCUGAGAUCUAUGAAAUCCUCCAGUCAGCUGGUAAAGAGGAGGCUGCACAGGCAGAAGCAGCUGCCGCCUCCUGCCGACGUAAAGCCCACUUCUUUCUGGGCUCCAACAACAAGAGAGCCAAAACGGUGGUGUUGCACAUCGAUGGACUGGACGACUCUACUCGAAGGAGUCUGUGUGAGGAGGCCCUGCUGAAGAUCCGAGGGGUCAUCAGCUUCACCUUCCAGAUGGCUGUCAAGAGAUGUGUCGUCAGGAUCCGCUCUGACCUUAAAGCCGAGGCUCUGGGUACAGCAAUCAACUCCACCAAAGUCAUGAAGGCUCAGCAGGUGGUAAAGACUGAAAAUGGAGGAGAGCUGAUUGUGCCAUUCCAAGAAGACUCGGCAGAGCUGGUGGAGGAGAACACGGACAUUCCGGACUACCUGCCGGAGGAGGAGAGUCCUUCACAGGAGCAGGACAAGGCCGUCACACGUGUAGGCUCUAUUGCAGACGGUGCGGGAUGGCUCAGCACGGCUGCUAACUUCCUGACCCGCUCCUUUUACUGGUGACCCCCCCGCCUCCCUCCCAAUGUUCAUACCCUCUGGUCCCCUUUUUUCUCCCGAAGGUCCCAUCCAACUGCAGCCUCAGCAUCUCUCAGCCUAGUCCCGGACAAAUCCUUCCUCUCAGCCCUACACUUAAUCUAGAGGCCCCUCUGCGAAGCACAUAGAACCCAGCCACACGUCCUGACUGCCCGCCCGCCCGCCCAGUAAAUCCCGCAAUAAGUUGCGAAUAUAUAUUGUGCUAUAAACCUCACUACAGGCUGUGUGUGUGUACAACAAUAUACUAAAUGCAUUUGUAUCUCACAAAGCAUAGCCAGCGGACUUCAGCCGGAAACCAAAUAACAUUCUGAAAAUGUGUAUGGCUGCUUUGAAGGUUUUGACAUGUGGCAGGCACAUUUCAGUAUUCAUCGGCUGGUUUUGUGUACAUUUAAGAAUUGGGCCUUUUUUAGUUUUAUAUAAUUUUGGCUGCUUUCCUUCUGGUAUGUUUCCCAAUCAUUGUUCUUUUAUUAUUUUUUUUCACAUUUUUGAAUCUAAUUAAGCUCAGCCCCCCCCCUCUCUUUACAGAUAAUUUUUUUAACAGGCUAUGAUUUUUGUGCCAAUUUUUCCUGAUGCCUACACUUGUGAUUUGUGUGUGUGUGUGUGUGUGUGUGCCUUUUUUUGACAUUUCUCUGUAACUAUUAUUUAUUCAUCAAUUCAGACAAAUGAUUUGAGAGCUCAGAGUAUGUUUCAUGUAGUGUGUAGUGUGCUUCUCAAGGCAGCAGCCGGGCCUCCCCCAGCUUUUGCUCACUUAGGGACGUCACUUCAGUAGAAAAUGGUGAAACUGACACCAGCGAGAGGAGGCUGCAGCCCAUUCAGCCUCUGGCUCACAUGUAUAAGGCUGUAAGUUGUAUACUGGAAAAAAGGAUCUGAUUGGCUCGCUGGCUUAUUUAUUCAUGCUCACUGAGUUGUUACAAGUCAGGACUCCCCUGAUGUUGCUUUUAGCUCAUCAAACGUCAAAAUAUGAGUUCUGCAGUGGUGGUUAAUUGACUGACAGCUCCUCCUUCUUGUGUUAAUUGCACAGAUUUUAAAGCUACCUCUCUGCUCUCAGUGUCACAUCUCACAUCAUUAGCAUUAAGGCCAUGUGUAGUUUUAGUUAAAGCUCUACAUCCGUAAGCAUGAAGAAGACAAACCUGCUUGUGAACCCGAUGUUUUUACAGUAUUGCAGACCCGUCUGCUCUGUUCAGCUCAGUUUUCAGUUAAGCCAGGAGUGUCUUUUAAAGCAAAGAUAGUUAUUGGUGCCCGCACACCUACGCGUCAAGAUGACUCACAGACGCAGUCAUAUGAGCAGUCGCAGCUUCCUGUAACAAAGGCGUGGUUGUGUACAUUUUGUAAAUGCUGCCUGCGUCUUGGGCAGAGGAAGUUUUUUUCUUCUUCAGUUUUUGUAAUAAUCAGUUUGAGUAUUUUCCCCUCUCUUUUUUUUCGCCUGUACUAUCCUGUGACUCACACUGCUUUUUAAUUAUCUCCUCUGACUCGCAUGAUUGUCAUUAACAGUUAAACACAAUGCUGACCAGGUGAGUUUUAUUGUUUCGAUGGUGCAGAGACGUCUGUCGUGUCUGUAAAGGUCAAACUGAUGAGAUGGGAUUGAUGGUGCUGUUCUCUGGAAAUGCAAUAAUCUUUUUUGGCAUCAUGUGCAGUGGCUCUAGCUGGACAGCAUCCUUCAAAUUAAUCUUUUGAAUUAAAAGUAUUAGUUGAAAAUUCUAGUUCAUCAGUAUUUAAAAAAAACAAAAACACGAUCUGUUCAUUUUACGAAAGCAUUGAUUUCUAAUUGUGUCUUCAUGUUCAUAUGUGGUGUCUCCUCUGCACUCAUACAACAAAGAAAGACUUACUUGAAAAUGUGUGUUCUUUGAACUUUGAACUGUCCUCGUGUUGAACAAAGUGUAAAUGUCCCUUUACUGUUGGAUUCGACGCGUCUGACAAAAAACCACCCCCAAACCAAGUCCACGUGCAGACUUAAUCUAGUCAUCAAAUGUAAUAUAAUGUACUGUUAUGCAGAUCUUCAAACUGUAGAUUCCCAUACACUCUUAAAGCAAACAACUAUAAACAUCA